AUGGAUUCAAUCACAGAUGUUGCAGAAAUAGAUAAUCUAGCGAUGGAUUCAGCUAUAGAUUUAUUUGAAGAUGUAUGUCGAGAAUGGUAUAUGUUGGCAUUUGAUGGAUCCAUGUGGUCAAAUUUAGAUGUAACUCCUUUUUAUCAACAUAUUUCUUCUGAUCAAUUACUUUGGUUAAGAUGCGCUCAAUUAACACCAAUAUCUAUUCGAGAAUUAGCUAAAUAUUGUCCAAAUAUUCAUACCAUAAAUUUAUCCGGUUGUCGUUCACUUGAUGUAAAAUCACUUAAUCAUUUAUUAUCGAAUUUACCUAAUUUAGAAGAAUUAGAUCUAUCCGGAUUAAAAUUUAUAAUUAAUACCACUUGUCACAUCUUAGCUAGAAAAUGUAACAAAUUAAAGAAAAUCAAUUUAAAUUGGUGUCAACCUAUUAAUUCUCAAGGAAUUGAAAUCUUGGUUAAAUCUUGUCGACAAUUAAUUAGUUUAAAAAUUAAUGGUAUUAUUAUGUCUGAAUCAAACAAAACUUUAAUGAUUUUAAUUGGUAAAUUACCUGAAUUACGAAAUUUAUCAAUAGCCUCAUAUUUUGAGUCAUCAUCAUCACAAUUAUCCCCUUUUAAAUCUCAAAUAUAUUCUCCUCCUCCAUUAACUUCUUUAAAUUUAACUAAUAAUCAAUUAUUAACUGAUAAAUCAUUACAAGAUAUAGCUGAUUAUUGUAGUAAAUCACUUACUCAUUUACAACUUUCCGGUUGUUUGGGAUUUACAAUUUAUGGAUUUAUUUAUUUGGCUUCAAAAUGUUUAGAAUUGAAAGCAUUAGAUUUAGAAGAUUGUUCAUGUAUUAAUGAUGAAGUAUUAAUUUCAUUCGCCAAUCAUCUUACAAAACUUGAAAGGAUUUGUUUAAGUUAUUGUGAAUUAAUUACCGAUGACGGGAUCAUCACUUUAAUUAGGCAAUGUACCAAAUUAUUUCAUGUGGAUGCGGAUCAUUGUCAAUUAAUUACUGAUGAAAUUUUAAGUAAUAGUUAA